AAUUGGCACCUAAUUGCAGUGUAACCGUGGUUUAUGUAUGGUCACACUAUUUGCGAAAGUGCAACACUGGACAUCGCGUCUCAUUUUCGUCGGCUGCCAUAUUUAAUCUAGUGUCAAGCCGCCAAUUCGCUAAAAGUGAUAAAUCUUAUUGUAAGAUUCCAUGGAAGAAAAACUUAAAUCAACUGAGAGUACAAAUAUGAAACAAGACGUUAUUUUUGUAUCCGAGGAUGAAAAGGAAAAGGCCAAGCGCAGCACCGAUUCCUUAGAUUCCUAUAAGAAACUCAUCGCUGAUAACUCCGAUUCGCGUAGCUCCAAUGAUGGCACACUUCAAAUUUACUUGGAGGUACAGGACAAAGAGGUGGGCUCCGAUUUGGCCAAGAAGGAAGAUCCAGUCAACGUAAAGGACCAAAAGGAGCUAAAACUGGAGCUGAAACCAGAGCUAAGCCUCAAAAUAGAUGCUAAAUCUCUACGUCUGGAGUUCCUAAAAAGCUUUGACCACAUGCACCGCAAUGAUCUGGAAGAACUCGUCCUCCAGAAGGUCGUUGAGAGUAUGAUGGUGAAAAGCGAGUUUGCGGAUAUCCGCUCCCAGCUGGACAGUUACGAGAAGACUCUUGCCAUCUAUCGUCUCCGAAUAACUGAACUGUCCAAACAGUUUCUCGACUUGGAUGAGGUGCACAAGCAGCUGAAGAUCGAUAUGGAGGCAAAGAAUGCACAUUUCACGGCCCCAAUGAAAAUUACACGAGAGAUUGGACUACAAGUAGGCAUUCCUUUCAAGGUCUUGAAGUCAAUUGUUACUCCCAGAGCUGGAGAUCAGACACAUGCUGCGCGCAGUAUGUUGGCGCCUCCCAGUAGCACUUCUUCCAAGGCGAGCACAUCAAUGCGGGCAGCUGGUUCGGGCGCGAGUUCCAAUGCGCAGCAGAAGCAGAUGGUUGUAAUUGAUCUCACAGGUGAAGAUGAUGCUGAGCCAGCUAUGGCGCCUGCCGCUGCAGACACCAACGCAGACUUACGGCAACCAUCCAAAAUGGCCGUAAAGCGGAAUUCUCUGGGGGCAACGACGUCUGAGGCAAAAGCCACGGGAGGCCGUACAGUUGCUAGUGGAAAUACUGUGAGAUUGUCGCCCUUGCAAAUGCCAAGAGCCAAUGCCAGACAAAUAGUCACCAAUAAUGGUGGAGGUCAGCGCAAUUCCAUUGGAUCGAAUGUGACGAUGCAGAUUUUGUCGGAGAACUCGUCUUCUGCCAACACUCGCUUGAGGUACUCGCAUCCAGCGCCGCUGCCGUCAUCGCCUGAACAGCCCUUCAAUCCCGCCUGGAAGUUGCCGCCGUCUCGGCCUGUCGUACGUAUUAGUCGUUCGGACACAGGAAUCGUCAUUAGCUGGUUUCUUGAGGAUACAAAAAGUGAUAUCUUUGCUGACAGCGUUUCGUAUCAGAUAUUUUCGUACCGGGAGACCCCACAUGAGCCCAGCACCGACUCCUGGAGCCACGUGGGCGAUGUCAAAGCCAUUCUGUUGCCUAUGGCAGCCACUCUGAAUCAGUGCCAGGAGAACCAGCGCUACUAUUUUGCUGUGCGUGGCGUGGAUGCUUAUCAGCGCUUCGGAUCAUUCAGCGAACCCAAGACCUGGUCGUAAUCGAUCUCUGACGCUUUUUUACCUUAAGACGCCUUAUUUAUGGGGACAUUUUUUCUUUUAAAGACUUAAGUCCCACCAUCUAUCUAUCUUAUGACUUGGCGCUUAUUUUCGCAGUAUUCAAAUUAUUAGAAUUUAAAAUCUUAAACUUCUUUCUACGCCAAGUCAUCUACAAUUUACAUCGAUGGUGGGAGGAUGAAUUGCACAAGAAUUUAAUAUAAACCUACAUUUUUGAAUACCGGGCUUAACAGGUAUAACGGGUAUAAUACCAUCA